GCCUAAAUUCUAAGUUGUUCAAAGUAACUCUAAAUAUCUUGAAUUCAGGACAGCUAUUCGUGGGAUGUGUAUAUUUUUUGACCCUUUAACCCUUUACAAAGAAGGUCUUGGACCUGUUUUUGCUGGGGUUUCAUAUCCAGUACAUAUUUGUUUCAUAUGUAAUGUUUUUUAUGUCUUUCUUUUAAAUUAUGGUGGAGACAGGAAGCCUGGGAAACAGGACCAAUGUGCUCCCAAUAUCCACCUGCCCAAAUAACUUAAACCCAUUUGUCACUUUCAGCCAGGCUUCAUUGCAGGCUGUCACAGAAUUAAGCUUCUUACAAGCAACAGUUUGACAAGGGGGUCCAAGCUACUCCCUUUUUGGGAGGGAGGCUCAAGUAUGAGCACAGUGGCUGUAAAUUAGUUCUAGCCUGCUGUUGAACCAUUGGAAUGCUUGGAGCAGGACAGCAGAUCAUUAUGUACCUUAGUGAGUAGCUGUGUUGUUAAAGAGAAGCAUUUCCAGAAGUUCCCAGUGUGCAUGUAAUUUAUACUUUGUGGGGUGGUCUGGUUUUAUGGAUUGAUUUCUUGUUAGGACCACAUAUUUGAAUUUGCUGUGAUCCAGGUCAGAUCCAGUUUUCAUUGCUCUCCAAAGCAACCCAAAGCACAGUAGGCACUACUUUGCGCUGCCCACCAAUUCCGGUGAGCAGUUCUUCAUGUUCUGCACGCUCGCUGCUUGGCUGAUCAGCAAAGCGGGACAUGCCUUCGAGCAGCCACAGGAGUACGAUGACCCCAAUGCCGUGAUUUCAAAUGUACUCUCAGAGCUGCGGUCCUUUGGAAGGCCUGUGGAUUUUCCUCCUUCAAAAUUAAAGGCAGGCUGCGGAGAGCAAGUGUGCUAUGUUCUUGAUUGUUUAGCUGAAGAAGCCUUGAAAAACACUGGAUUUAGCUGGAAAAGGCCAGCAUACCCAACAGAAGAGCCAGAAGAAGAAGAAAUAACAGAAGAUGAUGCAGAAUUAACCCUUAGUAAACUGGAAGAGAGUGUUGCAGAAGAAGAGUCAGACAAUGAAGAAAAUUAUAUUGACCUGAAUGUUUUAAAGGCACAAACAUACAGAUCAAACAUGAAUGACACUGCAAAGCAGGAAGAGAUCUUACAGUCCACAACAGAUGCAGCAGAGUGGAAUCUGGAAGUGGAACGUGUGCUUCCACAGCUGAAAGUCACAGUCAGGACUGACAAUAAGGAUUGGAGGAUUCAUGUAGAUCAAAUGCAUCAGCAUAAGGAUGGAAUUGAUUCUUCUUUGAAAGAAACUAGGGGUUACCUUGACAAACUCCAUAAUGAAAUCAGCAGAACACUGGAAAAGAUCAAUAGCAGGGAAAAAUACAUCAACAAUCAGUUGGAGCACUUGGUUCAAGAAUACCGUUCAGCACAAGCCUUGCUGAGUGAGGCUAAAGAGAAGUACCAGGAGGGACGUGGAGGAGUAACUGAAAGGAUUAGAGUACUUUCUGAGAUUACAGAAGCAUUAGAGAAAGUAAAGCAGGAAACAGAAGAGAAAGGAAGCAGUAUGACUGAUGGUGCUCCUCUAGUGAAGAUUAAACAGGCCUUAACAAAAUUGAGGCAAGAAACCAUUCAGAUGGACAUACAGAUUGGUGUGAUGGAACACACAUUACUCCAGUCAAAGCUGAAAGAGAAGUCAAAUAUGACUAGGCAUAUGCAUGCAACAGUGAUUCCAGAAGCCACAGUAGGUGCCUAUUAAAAUUGGUUGGACCUGACUUGGUUUGCCCAAAAUGCAGUUUUCUACCAUUUGCUUUUUUGUGAGUUCAGAGGUUUUGUUUAUGGUGUGGUAGGAGGAUGUUCUUUUUUCCUGUUCCUUUUGAACAAGUUGCUUGUUAAAAGAUGUACUUUUUAAAGAAGUAACAUGCACACUUUAGACUCAAGAGGGAGCCAUGUUUAGUUUUGUGCUGUAAAGAUUUACUGCAUAUCUCUUUCAAAUAUACUAAUAAAUUCUUUUUAGUGAGGAUGUCUCUAUUUUUUUGGAGAAUGUAGUGUGAAAGUCUGUAGAAUGAUGCUGACAGCCUGUAAUCUUGAUACUCUGCAGCGCUGAAAGGAAAUUGCUUGCAAAGGACUUGAAAGGAAGGUAAAAUGUCUGUCAUUGCCACUUACAUACAUUUAGAUAAGGUAUUUAAUUGAUGAUACUGAAAUAAUGCAGCAUUACCCCUUCUAACAGGCUAGGUGAAAAUUGAUAUCAGCUGCAAGACUCCUCUAACAUCAGCAACAAUAUAAAAAUCUGUAUAACACCAAAGGAGGAGUAAAGUAUUGUUUGGAAAUCA